AUGGGUUCGUUCUUCUCUCCCUGUCUGCCUGCCUUUAACGUGUUGAAGCUGAUAGGCUUGAUGUACCUGAGGAGUUGGGCUGUGCUCACCUGUAACGUCCCUCACCAACAGGUGUUCAGAGCAUCCAGAUCAAAUAAUUUCUACCUGGCUAUGCUGUUGUUCAUGCUUUUUCUGUGUAUGCUGCCCACCAUCUUCGCCAUAGUGAGAUACAGACCUUCCCAACACUGUGGGCCAUUUAGCGGUCAGGAGAAGAUUUAUGACAUCAUCUCAGAGACGAUAGCCAAUGACUUCCCGCUGUGGUUCAGUAAAGUGAUGAGUUACGUCACCAGCCCUGUCGUAGCGUUGCCCGCUCUGCUGCUGCUGUUCAUGUUGAUCUACUACCUUCAGGCCAUUGCCAGAUCCCUUAAAUUCACCAACAACCAGCUGAGGAUGCAGCUUCAGACUGAGAGAACAGAAGACAAGAAGAAGGUAUUACAGCUGGCUUCAGCGAGGCUACAGGCCCCAGAGGUCCCCGGGGGGGACAGGAAGCCUGACCAGCAGGAUGGUGACAUCACCAGCCGCGAGUCGUCCAUUCGCACGCCGUCGCCACGACCCAACGGCAGUGUCACAAACUUCCAGUCGCCCGAUCGUCGUGGCAACGGCAUCCGCACCAUCACCCAGUCGGCAUCGAGAGUCGAGACCGCUAGGGCGACAUUUGCUGCUGGGGCGCCUAGAAGUCCAACAGUGUCCAUACUUCACAAGCAAAGGCCGGAGAUAAUCCCUAACAGACACCCUUCCUACCUGGGGGGCCCUAGCGGUACCUGCAGGUCCAAGUCCUACCAUCAUGUGGCGUACAACCCCCCGACACGCUACUCCUCAGAGAACAUCCACUCCGACCCACUCUACAGGAAGACCAUCAGGCCCAUGCACUCCGCAGAGGCAGCUGGGAUAGUGACCGCCCAGAGCUACGUGGGCCGUCGCCCCUACACCACGCGCUACGUCAUCGUCAACGAGCACGAAGCUAGGAAAAAGUUGCUUCGAUCAGCCACACGCGUCCCUCGCCACUUCCGAGCGGAGGACCCGGGGGGUGAAAUCGUAGAGCUGAUCCCGCGGAAUACCAAGCGGUAUAAUCCAAGGGCUCCGCAUCUGCAUGGGCACCCACACAGGUCGAAUCCGCCGCAGUCACACCUGAGUGAUGAAGAGGAGGAGGAAGAGGCAGGGGGGAAGAGGGAGUCUAGGAGGGGGUCGUUCGGGCAGACUCACCGGCCCCGCUCACUCUCCGACCUCCAACAGCCAGCUCGCUUCUACAUCGGAGAGCGCCUGGAGACCAAGCUGUCUAUGGCGUCAAAAGACAGCCACACUGCUAGGGGGCGCUACGGCGGUGAAGCUCAAAAAGGGGACUGGGAGGAUAUGGAGACGCGCUUGCACUCCCUCUCCCAGACCAGCAUCAGAGGAGCGGAGCUUCCACCACCAGUCAGGCACACACAGUCCCCAGCCAGACACCCCCACUCCCCCAGCAGACUUGUACACUCAACCCCCCAGGGCCCUGGAAGACGCCUGGAGCCCCAGGUCAAGCCCAAGACAUCCAGGUCCAAGCUGGAGCCUUCCCUGACUGAGUCGGACUCGGCCUCUCUGGCCUCCAGUAGCGACCAGCAGAACAGCAGCACAGACCAGUACAUCCAGGUCAUUCACAACAAGGAGAAGUAUCUCAAGUCAGAGGCAAGGCAAGGCAAACUGGCUAAGAAGAAGUCCAAAGCUAGUAUAGAUCUCAAUGUGUCUGGGUCCAAAGACCUGGUCUGCUCCAACGUGUAGUUGGUGUAUUUGCAAUGUGAAUAUAUCUAGGUUUAUUUAACCUUUAUUAAUCCAUGUAAGUUAUUAACAGUAGUGUAAAGUACUUAAGUAAAAAAUACUUUAAUGUACUACUUAAGCAGUUUUUUGGGGUAUAUGUACUUUACUUUUACUCAAAUCAAAUCAAAUGUAUUUAUAUAGCCCUCCGUACAUCAGCUGAUAUUUCAAAGUGCUGUACAGAAACCCAGCCUAAAUACCCCAAACAGCAAGCAAUGCAGGUAUAGAAGCACGGUGGCUAGGAAAAACUCCCUAGAAAGGCCAAAAACUAGGAAGAAACCUAGAGAGGAACCAGGCUAUGAGGGGUGGCCAGUCCUCUUCUGGCUGUGCCGGGUGGAGAUUAUAACAGAACAUGGCCAAGAUGUUCAAAUGUUCAUAAAUGACCAGCAUGGUCAAAUAAUAAUAAUCACAGUAGUUGUCGAGGUGCAGCAAGUCAGCACCUCAGGAGUAAAUGUCAGUUGGCUUUUCAUAGCCGAUCAUUAAGAGUAUCUCUACCACUCCUGCUGUCUCUAGAGAGUUGAAAAUAGCAGGUCUGGGACAGGUAGCAUGUCGAGUGAACAGGUCAGGAUUCCAUAGCCGCAGGCAGAACAGUUGAAACUGGAGCAGCAGCACGGCCAGGUGGACUGGGGACAGUAAGGAGUCAUCAUGCCAGGUAGUCCUGAGGCAUGGUCCUAGGGCUCAGGUCCUCCGAGAGAAAGAGAGAAUUAGAGAGAGCAUACUUAAAUUCACACAGGACACCGGAUAAGACAGGAGAAGUACUCCAGAUAUAACAAACUGACCCUAGCCCCCCGACACAUAAACUACUGCAGCAUAAAUACUGGAGGCUGAGACAGGAGGGGUCAGGAGACACUGUGGCCUCAUCCGAUGAUACCCCCGGACAGGGCCAAACAGGAAGGAUAUAACCCCACCCACUUUGCCAAAGCACAGCCCCCACACCACUAGAGGGAUAUCUUCAACCACCAACUUACCAUCCUGAGACAAGGACGAGUAUAGCCCACAAAGAUCUCCGCCACGGCACAACCCAAGGGGGGAGCGCCAACCCAGACAGGAAGAUCACAUCAGUGACUCUACCCACUCAAGUGAUUCACCCCUCCUAGGACGGCAUGAAAGAGCACCAGUAAGCCAGUGACUCAGCCCCCGUAAUAGGGUUAGAGGCAGAGAAUCCCAGUGGAGAGAGGGGAACAAGCCAGGCAGAGACAGCAAGUGCGGUUCGUUGCUCCAGAGCCUUUCCGUUCACCUUCACACUCCUGGGCCAGACUACACUCAAUCAUAUGAUCCACUGAAGAGACUCUUCAGUAAAGACUUAAAGGUUGAGACCGAGUCUGCGUCUCUCACAUGGGUAGGCAGACCAUUCCAUAAAAAUUGAGCUCUAUAGGAGAAAGCCCUGCCUCCAGCUGUUUGCUUAGAAAUUCAAGGAGGCCUGCGUCUUGUGACCGUAGAUUACGUGUAGGUAUGUACGGCAGGACCAAAUCAGAAAGAUAGGUACUACAUUACAUUCCUAAAGAAAAUAAUGUGCUUUUUACUCCUGACACCCAAAAGUACUUGUUACAUUUUGAAUGCUUAGCAGGACAGGAAAACUGUCUAUUUCACACACAUCAAGAGAACAUCCCUGGUCAUCCCUACUGCCUCUGAUCUGGCAGACUCACUAAACACAAAUACUUAAUUUGUAAAUUAUGUCUGUAUGUUGAAUUGUGCCCCUAGCUAUCCGUAAAUUUAAAAAACAAGAAAAUCGUGCAGUCUGGGUUUCUUCUGCCCCUGUGCAAGCCAGUUAACCCAUUGUUCCCCGGGUGCCGAAGACGUGGAUGUCGAUUAUGGCAGCCACCCGCACCUCUCUGAUUCAGAGGGGUUGAGUUAAAUGUAGAAGACACAUUGUAGUCGAAUGUAUUCAGUUGUACGACUGACUAGGUAUCCCCCUUUCCCUUUCCUAAAUUAAUAUAAGGAAUUUGAAAUGUACUUUUUAUACUUAAGUAUAUUUUAGCGAUUCACAUUUACUUUUGAUACUUAAGUAGAUUUAAAACCAAACACUUUUAGACUUUUACUCAAGUAGAAUUUUACUGGGUGACUUUCACUUUUACUUGAGUCAUUUUCUUUUAAGAUAUAUUUACUUUUACUCAAGUACGACAAUUAGGUACUUUUUCCACCACUGGUUAUUGAAAGCAAAUGAUAUUUUACAAUAAUGACCUGUUGAGUUAAUUGUUUUGUAAUGGGUUACAUAAAGUCCUAUUGUAAACCACAGAAAAUGUGAAUAGCCCAUUCAUGGCCAAUGCUAUACUUUGUGUGUGUUAACAAACAGCUCUAUGUGCAUAAUAUGCAUAACAUAUUAUAUGCUCACAUUGUCAUGGAUACUGUGCUUGCUCUCAAUCAAAUAAAUAUCAUGGUCAAUGGUCCAAAGUAGUAUACCUAAGCAUCAGAUUGUUUUGUUCUACUCAAGGUUAUGUGUACAGCCCUUGAUGUUUGUUUUGGGGUUAUCACAAACAGGUGUUAUAUUGGCUAUUAUGUGUGUGUACAUUACAUUGUACCAUUCAAACAUGGCCUUCAAUUCAGUAAAAUUAUGAUACCGUAGUAAAGUAUGAUGUGCAACAUAUAUAAUAUACUCUGCAAAAAAAGAAAUGUCCCUUUUUCAGCACCCUGUCUUUCAAAGAUAAUUAGUAAAAAUCAAAAAUAACUUCACAGAUCUUCAUUGUAAAGGGUUUAAACACUGUUUACCAUGCUUGCUCAAUGAACCAUAAACAAUUAAUGAACAUGCACCUGUGGAACGGUCUUAAGACACUAACAGCUUACGGACGGUAGGCAAUUAAGGUCACAGUUAUGAAAACGUAGGACACUAAAGAGGCCUUUCUACUGACUCUGAAAAACACCAAAAGAAGGAUGCCCAGGGUCCCUGCUCAUCUGUGUGAACGUGCCUUGGGCAUGCUGCAAGGAGGCAUGAGGACUGAAGAUGUGGCCAGAGCAAUAAAUUGCAAUGUCCGUACUGUGAGACACCUAAGACAGCGCUACAGGGAGACAGGAUGGACAGCUGAUCAUCCUCGCAGUGGCAGACCACAUGUAACAACACCUGCACAGGAUCGGUACAUCCGAAGAUAACACCUGCGGGACAGGAACAGGAUGGCAACAACAACUGCCUGAGUUACACUAGGAACGCACAAUCACUCAAUCAGUGCUCAGACUGUCCACAAUAGGCUGAGAGAGGCUGGGCUGAGGGCUUGUAGGCCUGUUGUAAGGCAGGUCCUCACGAAACAUCACCGGCAACAAUGUCGCCUAUGGGCACAAACCCACCGUCGCUGGACCAGACAGUACUGGCAAAAAGUGCUCUUCACUGACGAAUCACGGUUUUGUCUCACCAGGGAUGAUGUUCAGAUUUGCGUUUAUUGUCAAAGGAAUGAGCGUUACACCGAGGCCUGUACUCUGGAGCGGGAUCGAUUUGGAGGUGGAGGGUCCAUCAUGGUCUGGGGCGGUGUGUCACAGCAUCAUCAGACUGAGCUUGUUGUCAUUGUAAGCAAUCUCAAAGCUGUGCGUUACAGGGAAGACUUCCUCCUCCCUCAUGUGGUACCCUUCCUGCAGGUUCAUCCUGACAUGACCCUCCAGCAUGACAAUGACACCAGCCAUACUGCUCGUUCUGUGCAUGAUUUCCUGCCAGACAGGAAUGUCAGUGUUCUGCCAUGGCCAGUGCAAAGAGCCCGGAUCUCAAUCCCAUUGAGCACGUCUGGGACCUGUUGGAUCGGAGGGUGAGGACUAGGGCCAUUCCCCCCAGAAAUGUCUAGGAACUUGCAGGUGCCUAGCUGGAAGAGUGGUGUAACAUCUCACAGCAAGAACGGGCAAAUCUGGUGCAGUCCAUGAGGAGGAGAUGUACUGCAGUACUUAAUGCAGGUGGUGGCCACACCAGAUACUGACUGUUACUUUUGAUUUUGACCCCUCCUUUGUUCAGGGACACAUUAUUCCAUUUCUGUUCGUCACAUGUCUGUGGAACUUGUUCAGUUUAUGUCUCAGUUGUUGAAUCUUGUUAUGUCUAUACAAAUAUUUACACAUGUUAAGUUUUCUGAAAAUAAACACAGUUGA